GCUGUUAAAAUAGUAAUGAACUUUAGUAGACAGAAGAGAGCAAACAUGGAUUUUUCGUUGAAAUUUGCUUCUGUUAUUUUUUUAAUUAUUAACUUAACUAGCGAUCAUAUUAAUGCAGAACAUGAGGAAGAUCAGUCGACAGAUCUUUAUGUUAUCGAAGGAAAAGUAUUUCCAUGGGAAAAUACUGCUUUGACUGGUUGGCAGCUAAUGACUCAUGUUAUGGCUAAUGGUGGUGAACAUUAUGGAUUUUUAAGGGAAGAUGGAACAUUUGUAAUUUCUAAUGUACCAUCUGGUUCAUACAUAGUAGAAGUUGUCAACUCAAAUUAUUUUUAUGAACCUGUCAGAGUUGAAAUUAAUUCAAAAGGAAAAUUCAGGGCACGAAAAGUUAAUUUAAUUCAAACAUCACAAAUAAUUCAAGUACCAUAUCCUUUAAAAAUGAGGCCACUUUCUCCUUUCCGAUAUUUCCAAGUCAGAGAGCAAUGGAGAGUAACAGAUUUCUUAUUUAAUCCAAUGGUUUUGAUGAUGAUAUUACCAUUGGUCUUAAUUAUGAUUUUACCAAAAAUCAUGAAUGAUCCAGAAACUAGGAAGGAUAUGGAACAACUUAACAAUCUUACCAUAUAUAAUAUGCCAGAAAUGUCAGAGGUGAUAACAUCAUUUUUAUCUGGAGGAGAAAAACAAAAAACUAAAGCAGUAAAAGCAGCAAAGAAGAGACAAUAAGAAAUAACAAAAAUAGUAAUAUAUUUAUACCUUUCUAGUCUUCAAGUUUUUUGAAUAUUUCAUAAAAUUGAUUUUUGCAAAAACGAAAAAAAAAACAUUCGUAAUAUAAUUAAAAUUGAAAACAAUAUGUGUUUUUGGUAUAUUAAAAAUUCUAACAAACAUAUAUAUAUAAUAUCUUGUCAUAAAAUAUUUAUAGAUUAUUUCAUAAAAUCAUUAACAUAUUAAACUGAAAUUAAUACAUAUUACAAGUAUGUACUUUAAAAGUAUUUAAAUUCAGUUUUUUCUUAGUUUAUGAUUUUACUGCUCUACAAUUAUGCACUUCAAUUGUAAAAGGUUAAAGAUAUGAAAAGAGAUUAAAAAUAAAAAAUACGAAACAUUGUAUAUUCACACA